AUGAGCGCAGGCGGCGGGAUCUCUCUCCCUUUUACCGCCAUCGGAGCGGAGUGUCUUUUCUUCCCCGGGACCGCUUCACUGCGCAGCGCCGCCUAACCUGUCCAGUCUCCCGCCAGACAGACAGAGAGACAGACAGAGAGAGAGAGAGAGAGAAGCAUCACCCAAGACUCCGCUAAAAUGGCAGACAUUGACAACAAAGACCAGGCUGAGAUGGACCCAGCAGAUAUGGAGGACGUGGAGGAAGUGGAAGAAGAGGAGACUGGAGAAGAUGAAAACAGCAAAGCUCGUCAGCUGACUGUGCAGAUGAUGCAGAAUCCACAGAUCCUGGCUGCGCUGCAGGAGAGGCUGGAUGGUCUGAACGGCUCGCCAUCGGGGUACAUGGAGAGUUUACCAAAGGUUGUGAAGAGACGUGUAAACGCCCUGAAGAACCUGCAGGUUAAAUGUGCCCACAUUGAGGCCAAGUUCUACGAAGAAGUACAUGAACUGGAGAGGAAGUACGCGGCUCUCUACCAGCCCCUGUUUGACAAAAGAAGUGACAUAGUGAAAGCAGCCUAUGAGCCAACAGAUGAGGAAUGCGAAUGGAAGGCAGAUGAGGAGGAAGAGCUGACAGUAAGUAAGCAGGAUGAGAUGAAGGAGAAGGCCAAACUAGAGGAAGAGAAGAAGGACGAGGAGAAGGAAGACCCCAAGGGCAUCCCCGAGUUCUGGUUAACGGUUUUCAAAAAUGUGGACCUGCUCAGCGACAUGCUGCAGGAACACGACGAACCCAUUCUUAAACAUUUACAAGAUAUCAAAGUAAAAUUCUCAGACCCAGGACAGCCCAUGAGCUUCACGUUAGAGUUCCACUUCGAGCCCAAUGACUUCUUCACGAACACAAUGUUGACGAAAACCUACAAGAUGAGGUCAGAGCCCGACGAGAGCGACCCCUUCUCUUUCGACGGCCCAGAGAUCAUGAACUGCACAGGUUGCACGAUUGACUGGACAAAGGGCAAAAACGUCACGUUGAAAACAAUUAAGAAGAAGCAGAAGCACAAGGGCCGUGGCACAGUCAGGACGGUCACCAAAACGGUCCCCAACGACUCCUUCUUCAACUUCUUCACCCCACCAGAGGUUCCAGAAAAUGGAGAGUUGGAUGAGGACUCGGAGGCAGUUCUGGCUGCAGACUUUGAAAUCGGCCACUUCAUCCGUGAGCGUAUCGUACCUCGGGCUGUGCUCUACUUCACAGGAGAGGCCAUAGAAGAUGACGACGACGAUUACGAUGAAGAGGGAGAGGAGGCGGACGAUGAGGAAGGUGAGGAGGAGGCUGAUGAGGAGAAUGACCCUGACUACGAUCCCAAGAAGGAUGCAGCCCCCCCAGCUGAGUGCAAGCAGCAGUGAAGCCUGGCUUGGCUGUCUUGAGGAUCAACUGCACUGUAACGGCUUCUCAAAUUAAAAAAAAUCCUAAAGAGGAAAAAAUUAUAUUAAAAAAAAUAGUUACUUACCGCCUUAUAAUGUUUUGUAUUUUUCUUGGUAGAGAAUUUGAAGAAAAAGGGUUUCAAGAUUUUUGUUACAAAAAACUCAUGGUAAUAUACUGGGAGCUGUGUGGCUCGAUAUACAUAGUAUUUUACUAGACCAGUUUUUCCUUCUCUUCCCCCUUCUCUGUAAAAUAGAUAGAAUACAUGAAAAAAAAAAUCUCCCUCAUAAAGCAUGAACAUGUUCCUUCACUGCUAAAAUAGUUUGGGUUCUUGUGAAGUCUUUUGUUGUAUUUGCUCUUAGACAACAGCUGUGGUUUAGACUGCAUCACGGUGGCGUCAAUUUAUAAACAACCCCCAUUCUCCUCCCCUCGCUCCUACCAAAGUUUCAGGUUGGUCAGUUCUAGUUGUCCGAGGUGAAUCUUUUUUUAAAUUCUUAACGGGGCCUUUAGCACUUGUAGAAAGCACUGUAGCAUUUCCAGCUCUGGAGAUGGAGGACAGUCGGGCUAAUGGCAGCCGGGUGUCCAUUCCAGUUCAUCUAAUCUUGCUGAGCAUGGGAUCUCGACGACUUUCCACUCUUGAUACAUUCCCAUAAGCCGACUGGCCGACUUCCCUCAAAAACAAGUUCACCUCUCUUUAACUUCCAAACUGAUUCCAAAAAGUGAAGUUAGCUUUCACUUCUUGGUUCGCUCCCAGAGCUCGGUACAGCCUGGUCGAGUCUCUUUUAACAUUCCAGAGAAUUCUUUAGAUGAGGAAGGUCAUGAGACGGUUUGGCUAGUUCAGGCCUCUCAGCCCCAGUAUUCCAGUGCUUCAGGCUCCCAGUAGGCUCGCAGUGGCGUGGCUGUCGUUUCUAUAGCACUUUGUACUAGUGUGUGCUGUGCCAGUGGCGUCCUGUCAUCUGUCUUGAGUAUUCCUUGUGAGCAGCACUUUGACACUCACCCGGCCUGAGGGGGAACAGGGCAGGUGCCGUUAUGCCACUUUGUGGAUGGUCCAACUUGUGCUGUCUGGUCUUUCAGUGCAUUAUAUUUCUCACUAGGCCUGUUUAGAGAAGAACACCAUUGGGGGGAUGUAGCACAAGAGAGGACAAGGAAAAGGCCCAACCAGGUUUUAAGUGUAUCGAGAUAUCAGGUUCACCAACACCCCAACCCAACCCAACCUUUUUUUCUUCAGACCUUUACCUCUUGUGUCGCCAAUUAGUGACUGGUCAGGUGACUCGAGGAGCUCAGUCUAGCCCCUGAGCUCCUUGUUCAUUUUUAUCACUGUGAAAGAAAGAGGGCAAAUGUGACGAGGGCCAUCGUAUAGCCCAACGACACACCUCCCUCCCCCACCCCUGACCCUCACUCCUUUGUUACCCAGAAGGUCUCAGAGAAGCAAGUCAGAGCAAUAUUUAAAAGUCGGGAGGGGGACCAAGAGGAAACCGUAGCCUGCCUCCUUCCCAGUCCAAUCCUAAUGCCUUUUUUUAAGUUGUGAAAACAGCCAUGUGCUGGUUGUCGGGCAGCAUUGUGUCCACUGUGGAGAGCCAGGGUAUACUUCUCCUUCUGCAGGGAGUAUUCAAAUCCUGUUCACUGGAAAAAAGGACGUGACAGGGUUCUGUAGGGUCCCUCCGAGCAGCUGUUGUCAAGGCAAAAUGCUAUGCUACAAAAAUACUAAUGUACUCAAUAACUGUACGUGUAUGUUCAUGAAUAAAUUGGUUAAUCAUGUC